AUGUCAGGCUGGGCAACACGCAACGACGGCUUUGUAGGCCCUGCACAGCUACAGCGACUCGCCCCACCUCCAACACGAGACUUCCGCCGUCCUCCCGACUUACCCCCUCCCCAGCCUAUGCCUCGCCCGCAAGCACAAGCACAGGGCCAACCGCAGCAUCCGAAAUCGAGGAACUCGUUCUUUGCCGCUAUUAGGAAUAUCGGGAAUGUGAACCCUCCUUUGGAGGGGAGGGCGAGGAGGUUGAGCGAGCUAGGGCCGCAGGUGCAGGGGUAUCCCGGACCGGGGGAUGCAAGGAUGCCGCAGAUGCAGAUGCAGGGGCAGGGGUUGAGUAAUAGCAGCUCGGAACCGAUGUUGCAGCAGAUGGGCGCUCAGCCGAGGAGUGCUGUUGAGCGCACUGUCUCCUCUUCCCUCCAGGCAUCGGGGGCGCUAUCGGACCACGGGCACGGGAGUGCAGGUACUGGGAGCGCAUCUCAGGGAAAUGGGAGCAUACCGGCUGGGAGCUUCAGGCAGGAGGACAGGAGGAGGGGGAGUAUGGUCGACCUGCCGCUGGGUGGUCCUGCCCCUGGGUCGGGGGAAGGAACGGGUGUGGGGAAUUUGCCUACUGUGCAGGAGAGCCCUAGGAGGCAGCAAGAGCAGUCGAGCUCCAGGUUGUCGCAGGUGCAUACGAGUCCCGGGCCUCAGCAGCAACAACGACUCGAUCCACCACAGCUACCCCAACAGCAGCAGCAGCCAACACCAGGCGAUCGCGGUUCACUGGACGUCUCCACCUCUUCCAGCAGCGCGCAUUUCACCCCUCCUCCCCUAGGCGGGCCCCUCUCCUCCCUCCACCCCGAACUCCGAUCCGGCAUCUCCCUGUCCAUAGCGCACCAACACAAGGUCUACUUCUCCGGGCCCCUCUCGCGCCGCUUGGAACUGGAACCCUCUGGUCGCACGCCGCAUAGGCAGGAAGGGUGGGUUGACGUUUGGGCCCAAUUGGGGGGGACGACGCUCAGUGUUUGGGAGAUGAAGGCGAUUGAGGAGGCUAGUAAGAGGGGGGACGAAGUGCCUCCCAGCUAUGUGAACGUCACUGAUGCUUUCAUCGGUGUACUAGGAUCGAUCGAAAUCCCUCCCUCGGUCUCUCAGCCAGCCAGCAAACGAACAAACAUCCUCACGCUCAAUACUGCCGGCUCCAACCUGCUCCUCUUCAGCGCUCCGAGCGGGCAGGCACUCGUCAGCUGGGCAGCGGCGCUCAGGCUCGCGACGUGGGAAAAGAGCAGGCUGGAGGAGAUAUACACCGGGCAUCUGUUACGUAUGAGCUUGACUACUCCGAGCGGAGAGUUCAAACAGCCGAAAACUGCGCUAUCGAAGGGGAAGCUCGAGGGCUGGGUGCGCAUCCGCCUCGCAGGCCAGGUAGACUGGAAACGCGUCUACGCCGUCGUCGUCUCCGCGUAUGACCCCCUUCAGUCUCCCAAUAUCCCCGGGUCGUCCAGGCUCUCGCACAGCGCCAACCAGCACGGCCAGCUCCCUCCUAGUGCAGGGCGCGCAGAUUCCCCAACCCAGCACCGCACGCCUUCUGUACUGACGAAACGCCGCAUGUCGGGGAUAUUCCGGUCCUCGAAUUCCGGUAGCCAGAAUGGUGGGCAUGGGAGUGCGGGCCUCUUCCACCUGCAUCAUCAGCAUAAGCCUUCCCAGGACGUGGCGCCGCCUAUGAUCGCCUUUCAUGCCCAGCCGCCGCAGGGGAAGAAAUCCAAGCAUCCUCUGCUGACGCUCACACAUGUCACUCAGGCAUUCGCGCUGUACCCCGAGCGGCCGGAGAUGAUCUCCAAAUCGAACCUGUUCAAGAUCGAGGCUCUGCUCGGGAAGGAGAUCGAUCAUUCUGUCUCUGCUUCGCCCCCCCAGAAGGGAAAGAUCAAGGAGGAACCGAGGUUUGCGGGGAAGAUGGCGGGCAGGGAAGGUUGGUGUAUCGUCCAGCCUGAGCUGGGGGAGGAUGCGGGCGUGCAGAGACCGAGUUUGGUGAUGGAUAUGCUUAAAUGGCUUGUUGCUAUACAUGACGCGUUUGGACUGUAUGGACGGCCGGCGGGGUAUACCUGGGAUCCGAGGGAUCAGACGAGCAUGAUGUUCUCCUACCCCGUAGGGCCUAUGCGUGAUCACCUGUUCCUGGAUCGCGAGCUCGCUGAAUCGCUUGACCCGAACGACGACUCGACUUCUUCUGUCCGUGCAAGGCUGCUCGAUAUCCUUCUCGAGCGGAUGCGUGGGCCGCCUAAUGCCGGCUCGUCCGUUCAUGGGCAAACGAUCGAGGAAGAUACGAAUUCCCAAUCUGCAGAGUCUGCACCCUCUCUGCCUACACACCCGACUAGCGGGGUCCCCGAGCUCCCACCACUCGAGUUUAGCCCGACGUACGAUAAUGGCUACCCCUCGCCGUUGGAUCAGCUCGAUCAUGCUGGUUCCCAGCCGACGACGUACAACCCCGCUGUGCGGCGCUCGCAUAGCGUGCUCACAAAGAUCACUGAGCAGAGCACAGUACGCGGCGACGGUGGGGAGACGGAGACGACGCGGCAGAACUCUAUGCGCGGGUCGUUUAGUGCCCCAGAGAGGGACCCAUCACUUUCCCGCCGAUCUGCGUUUACGGAUGCGGAGAGUGUGGAUGAGGACUACGAGCCUCCGAGUCGGGACGAGCAUGGGGAGGACGAGUCAGGCGGGGAUCAUACGAUCCACGCGAUCCCGCUUGUUGGCAGGGAGAGUGCGAGGAGCGAGCCUACCGUCGUGCCUGGUAUGAGGAUGACGGAUAGCCCUCAGCCUGUCGAGGAGCAACUCGGGACGCCCAUCCAGCCAGAGAGUCUGUACGCGGUCGCUCAUGCCGAAGUACAAGUGCGCGCUGGGAGCCCGUAUGCCGAGAGUACGCACUCUGGUCCACGGUCAGUGCAUUCCCAGCGCUCUGGGAGUCCGUUUGCUCUCCCGGCUCUUGUGGGUACUUCUGCUAGAGCGGCGAGUCCGUUGUCUGCCCCAGCUGUUCCGGCUAUCCCAGCUUCUACGUCCGCCGGUGCUGCGAGCUCGUAUGCCCCACCCGCGGCCUCUGUUAUCCCAGCUUCCCCGUCCGCUAGGGCGGUGGGUCCGUAUAUCCCUCCAGCAGCGCCGGUCACUGCAGCUUCUACUUCAGCCAGAGCAGCAAGCCCGUAUGCUGCCCCGCCGCACCCUACUGCUGCUGCGGCUCGCGCACCCAGCCCGUACGCGUUGGCAGCCCCACGUAGUUUCUCUGGAUCCACUCGCGCCGCCAGUCCAUUUGCGGUCGCGGCCAUGGCUGCUCCAGUGCUGAUAGCCGGUAAUGGCGAUCGAGCGCCGACGGACGAGGGUUCCAAGCCCAUUGAUGCGUCCGUCGCUAUAGGCCAAGCGAUGCUUUCUCCCCGUCUGCGGCCGUUGCCUGCCUCCCCCUCGCCCAACCUGACCGUGGAAGAACAAGACCUGCGCUCCAUCAGCCCCGGCCUCGCACCCCCCAAACCCGUGUCCACCACUCCUCCACCGCAGGCGCCCAAGGUCCGCUCGCCUACUGUCGAGUCUCCCAAAGUUGCGCGCAGCCCGCUCAGCCCACCGCCGAUCGCACCUGCCCUCUCGCCGUCUCACCUUUCUGGUAUAUCACCGAUUCCGCAACAUAGGAUGACGCCGGACAAGUUGCCUUCUUUGCAGACUACUAACUUGCGCACGGCUGUCCCACCUGCGCCGUCGGCUCAGCAAAGGCCGCUUCCGCCCCCGCCAGAGUUCCCGGCGGAGACGCCUUUCAGCGAUUCACCGAUACAGAGCGAGUCGCUAGAGCUUGUUGCACCUGCGCCUCACCCAUUGAUCACCCUUCCGCCGCUGUAUGUCGGGCCACUUCCGAACCCGCACGACAUUUCGCCCCGCUCACCGGCGUCGCGAUAUCCUUCUACUGAAGCUGCCGUGACUCCCGCUGCGCUGGAAGAACCCCAUGAGCAUCUCCAUCAUGACAAGUCUCUUCAUGUUCGCAGACAACAAACGCCCAUUGCGUUUGACCGGCUUUCUGGCGGAGAAGCGAGUCCAGUGAGUGCUAGUGGCGGUGGAGAAGUCACGUGGAGUCAAAACGCAACGAAACCAUCAGGCGCAAGGGCAUUUCCCGUUCGACAGGGUCGCAGCACUUCAUCUUCACCUCAACUGCCAGCGACCACCUCGAAUAUUCCUAUUGACCAACUUGUGGCUACUUCAACAGCGGCGACGACGGUACAAUCAGGAUAUCAAGUGCCAGCGCAGCAAGCAACCGCUCCGAUGGCAGUGGCUAGACCACCUUUGCCUCAUCAGCAGUCUACACACGACGGUCUCGGCGACUUUGACGAUGAUACGCUCGCCGCACUCAGCUAUAUGCAGCUGGAUGGCUCGCCACAGGGUCAGCCACCUGAACGUGUCGAGUCACGUCAUCUGCCUCCAACACCACAGCGCAUGAUGUCUGGUCCAUCGACCACGUCACGCUCCCUGCCUACACCGCAGAAGCAUCCAGACGAGGAAGCUGUCGUCUUCCCCAGCUCGUUUGCGCCCUCUAGGCAGGCAGCGGAGCGUAAGGCAAAGGCACAGGAACAACAGCAGAGGAGAGACGAGGCGGUGCACAAGCCUGGCAGGCCGUCGGUAGGUCAGCGGUUGGCAGCGGUGGCGAAGGGAACAUGGGACAGGAGCAGUGACGAGGAAGAAGAGGAUGAAGAGGAGGACGAUGCGUCAGACGACGAGGUCGCCCUUCGAGGAAGACAAACGUCUGCUCGUCCGCCACCGCGUGACAUCUCUCUCCCUACGAGCCAGAUACAUGCGCCCCUCCCUCAGCCGGUCAACACCCCCUCGCACCGAUUCGAGAUCGAAGCCCCUUCCCCACCCCAGCAGGGACGUAUGAAUAUGCUUCCUGCCGAUCCUACUGUGAGACAGUCGUCAUACAGCUUGGCUGGACCGGGUGCUGGGCCCAUAUCGCCGCGGGGAGUGUCUCCCGGUCGUGCUACGGGUACGGGUGCUCCUAUCCCUGGUGACCAGGACGCCGUUGACCAAGGACAUUAUCUUGCAGGUGCGAGUGCAUACGACCAGCAAAUUCAGCAGCAGCAACAGCAGCAAAUGCAGCAACAACAAGCUCGCAUGCGUGCGUCUGGAUACCCCUUCCCCGCCGUUGACGAACCCCGAUCACAAUCACAAGCUCGCUCAAGAGAGAGGUACGAGAGUCAGCCGACAAUGGCUGCGCCAGCCCGCCAGUCGCUGUGGACUGCCAACCUCGAGCGAGACGACGCUAUGCCGAUGGUGAACCCCAAUACCGGCGCUCGGAAUACUUUUAUUUCGCUCGAACCGAACGAAACUAUGACCAAGGCGUUCACCCCGCACGGUUUGCUGCAGGCCGGUAUCCAGGAGAAGCACGAACGUUCUGCCAAACGGCAGGAGGAGGUUGCCCGCGAGACAGGCGCAUCGCUUAUCAACGUUCCUUCCAAGCCGCCACCGCCGCAGACAGGCCUGCUCGGCGCCAUCACUGCGCACGAGCGAGAGCGCAACCGCGAAGGCGGCAUGGGUGCAACCCUCACCGAGCGAGAGCGGGAAAAGCGUGUGGCUGAGGAGCGCCAAAGACGGCUGGACGAGUACCAGCGGGCCCAGCUCGAUCAAGCGGAACAAGCAAUGGGUCAAGGCGGACAGUUCGACAUGUAUGGUGGUGCGCAGGGCUUUGGCGGAUUCAACCCCAUGGCCACGCCUGGCAUGCUGCAUCCGAUGAUGACCGGGAUGAGCGGUAUGAUGGGCAACCCGAUGAUGAUGGGUGGUUAUGGCAUGAACCCAAUGAUGUAUGGUGGUAUGGGCGGCAUGGGUGGAAUGAUGCCGUACGGUGCGUGGGGCGGCGCACCCAGUAUCACCCCCCAGCAACAGCAACUCGCUGCGCAAGCAGCUAUGGACGCGUACAAUCGAACAAUGAUCGCUUACUCGCAAGUUGGCAGCCAGCCCCAGUCCCCUACCACAUCCGACGCCGGUGUCCCAAGCCCGAACGGCAACGUAAACGGCAGCAACGCUGCGCUUAACAGAAUGAGCACCGCCAGCACAUCGAUGAUGAGUCCGAAUCAAUGGGGAAUGGGCGGCAUGGGAAGUAUGGGCAGCAUGGGAAGUAUGGGCAGCAUGAGUAACAUGAGCGGGAUGGGAGGCAUGGGGAUGCCCGGGAUGGGCAUGAUGGGUAUGAUGUCCCCCCAGAUGAUGGGCAUGAUGGGCAUGCCCGGCAGUGGGAUGGGCGGAAUGAGUCCCAUGGGUGGGAUGGGCAGCAUGAGCAACAUGAGCAAUAUGGGCGGUAUGAGUCCCAUGGGGAUGCAAGGCAUGUCCGGUAUGCCGACCAUGUCCAACCUGUCGGGCAUGAACAGCCCAGCAUUCACUACCCAGCCUACACCGCAGUCGCAGGCCGCAACUCCCGACUACCUUCAAGUAAGAAAUAGGAACACGAGUCUGACCGCUUCCGACAUGCCGCACAGUCGGCCACUGUCGGGCCAAAACACGCCCGCAAGGUCUGGCGGGGCGAACACACCAAAUAACCAGUCGUAA